AUGUCGUUAUCUAACAAGCUUUCCGUCACCGACUUGGACGUCGCUGGUAAGAGAGUGUUCAUCAGAGUCGACUUCAACGUCCCAUUGGAUGGUCAGACUAUCACCAACAAUCAGAGAAUUGUUGCUGCUUUGCCAACUAUCAAGUAUGUUCUUGACAAGAAGCCAAAGGUUGUUGUUUUGGCCUCCCAUUUGGGUAGACCAAAUGGAGAGAGAAACUCGAAGUUCUCUUUGAAACCAGUUUCUGUUGAGUUGCAGAAGCUUUUAGGUCAGCCAGUCAUCUUUUUGGAUGACUGUGUUGGUCCAGAAGUUGAGAAGGCUGUCAAGAAUGCUCCUGAAGGCGCCGUUGUCUUGUUGGAGAACUUGAGAUACCACUCUGAGGAAGAGGGUUCAAAGAAAACUUCAGCUGGUAAGGUUAAGGCCACACCAGAGGCUGUCGAGAAGUUUAGAGAGCAAUUGACUUCAUUGGCUGACGUUUACGUUAAUGAUGCUUUCGGUACUGCCCACAGAGCUCAUUCUUCUAUGGUUGGCUUCAAGUUACCACAGAGAGCUGCCGGUUUCUUGAUGCAGAAGGAGUUGACUUUCUUCGCCAAGGCUUUGGAGAAUCCAGUCAGACCAUUUUUGGCCAUCUUGGGUGGUGCUAAGGUCAGUGACAAGAUCCAGUUGAUUGACAAUUUGUUGGACAAGGUUGAUAGAUUGAUCAUUGGUGGUGGUAUGGCUUACACUUUCGUCAAGGUUAUUAAUGAUGCCAAGAUUGGAAAGUCUUUGUACGAUGCCAACGGAGCCAAGUUGGUUCCAAAGUUGGUCGAGAAGGCUAAGAAGAACGGUGUCAAGAUCUACUUGCCUGUCGAUUUCGUCACUGCCGACUCUUUCUCCGCUGAUGCCAAGACUGGUUACGCUACUCUUGCUGAGGGUGUUCCAGAAGGCUGGCAGGGAUUGGAUAUCGGUGAGAAGACCAUUAAGGAAUUCUCUGCCGCUAUCGCUGAGGCCAAGACCAUUGUUUGGAAUGGUCCUCCAGGUGUCUUUGAGUUUGAGAAGUUUGCCACUGGUACCAAGGCUCUUUUGAGUGCUUGUGUCAAGUCUUGCGAGGCCGGUAACACUGUUAUCGUUGGUGGUGGAGAUACUGCUACAGUUACUAAAAAGUUCGGUGGUGCCAACAAGUUGUCCCACGUCUCUACUGGUGGUGGUGCUUCUUUGGAGUUGUUGGAGGGUAAGCAAUUGCCAGGUGUUGUCUUCCUUUCCGACAAGAACUAA